AUGUCUGAUUCUUUAUUUUCAUCAAUUGAAUGCUCAGCUGAAGAUUCGAUUACAAAACUACCACUCAACGAGGAUGUUUUCCAGUCCGUAAAGGUUUCUGAUGGUUCAAUUAAUUCAAAAUUUUCGCAAACUUUCAGAAAUAAAGCUUCAAAGAACAAAUUGAUUGAUUCGAUUCAUCCAGAAUUAAAUACUCAUGCCAAAUUGUUUAAUACCGCAGCAAAGAGAUAUGCAUCACGUCCUUGUCUUGGUGUAAGGAAAUACGAUUAUGAUACUGGAAAACUGAGUGAUUUUUAUGAGUACUUGUCAUAUAACGAAACAUUUGUCAAAAAAAAUCAUAUUGGAGCUGGCAUCAUUAGAUCUUUAUUAUUAAACAAAUACUUAAAUCCUGACAAAAUUGAAUCACAUAAGAAAGUUAAAAAUCAUCUUACAACCUCAUUUGGAAUACCCAAUUAUUUAAGAGAUAAUGCCGACAAUUGUAUUGAAAAGAGUUGUUCAUUCAUUUUAUCCAUUUUUGCUGUUAAUAGAGUAGAAUGGAUCUUGGCUGAUUUGGCAUGUUCUUCAUAUUCAAUCACAUCAACUGCUUUGUAUGACACUUUGGGAAGUGAUGUGUCUCAAUAUAUUCUAGGUCUAACUCAAAGUCCAAUGGUUGUAUGCACCUUAGAUAAAGUUGAAGUGUUGCUCAAGCUUAAACAAUCAUACCCUAAAGAAACAGAAGGUUUGAUAUCUAUUGUUUCUAUGGAUCCAAUUAAAUACGUCAAUAAAGAGUUAUUAAAGUUGGCCGAUCAAUUGAAUGUUGAAAUACAAGAUUUAAAACAAAUUGAAAACAUUGGUAAAUCCAAUCCCAUUGAAGAAAUUCCUCCAAACCCAGAUAGUAUAUUCACCAUUUCAUUUACAUCUGGAACAACUGGCUCAAAACCUAAAGGAGUUAUGGUUCCACAUCGUUGUGCUUCAUCCUACAUUUCAUUCAUAAUGUGUUUUGAGCCACAAGCUAAAGAAGGUGAUACCGCAUACAUCUAUUUACCAUUGACUCAUUUGUACGAAAGACAAACUUCAGCCUUUGCUUUAAGUACUGGUUAUGCAUUAAGUUUACCCCAAAUCACUCUUGGUAAAAAAGAUUUUAUUCCAUUUGACUAUAUGCUUGAUGAUUUGAGAAUUUUGAAACCAACUUAUAUGUCGAUUGUGCCAAGAUUAUUGACCAAAUUGGAAGGAGUUAUUAAAAACAAGAUCAAGGAAUUACCACAAUCUGAGCAAAUUAAAGUAAAUGAGAUUAUAGAUUAUAAAAUAAAAGAACAUGGAAAAUUUGCAGGGUCUGAAGGAUUCAAUGCAAAAUAUGAUUCUUAUGGUCCUUAUUUAAAUAUUCAAAAAUUCAUUGGUUUUGAGAAUUUAAGAUGGGUUCAAACAGCAUCAGCUCCUGUUGCUGCUACAACUAUAGUAUAUUUGAAAGCAUGUUUAAAUAUGGGAUUGAUACAAUAUUAUGGUUUGACUGAAUCAGGUGCUGCAAUAACUGGUACAUGUAUGUAUGAUUCAAAACCAGGAACCAGUGGUUCAAUUUCACCCACAGGAGAAUAUAAAUUGAGGAGUGUACCAGAUAUGGGAUACACCAUUGAAAACUUACAGGGUGAAGUUUUAUUAAGGGGUCCACAAAUGUUUAAAGGUUAUUAUUAUAAUCAAGAGGAGACAAACAAAGCAAUUACAGAAGAUGGUUGGUUUCAUACUGGUGAUAUUGCAACUAUUGAUGAAUUUGGUAGAGUCAGUAUAAUUGAUCGUGUUAAAAACUUCUUCAAAAUGGCACAAGGUGAAUAUGUAUCACCUGAAAAAAUUGAAAACAAAUACCUUUCAGCAAAUCCCCUUAUCAAUCAAAUAUUUGUUCAUGGUAAUUCAUUAAAAUCCUAUCUUAUUGGUGUUGUUGGAAUUGAUUACGAACAUUGUUUAAAAUUUUUGAAUCAAGAAUAUGGUUUCAACAAAAUUGAUAUGUCACAACAAGAAUUAUUGAACUACCUUAAUGAAAAACCAAUCAAAACUAAGAUUUUGAAUAUUUUAAAUUCAAAUGUCAAAAAUCAUUUAAAUGGAUUUGAAUUGUUACAUAAUAUUCAUAUUGAAAUUAAUCCGUUGACGGUCGAAAGAGAAGUAGUAACUCCCACUUUCAAAUUAAGAAGACCAAUUGCUCAAAAGUUUUUUGCAGAAGCUUUACAUAAACUAUACGAAAUUGAACAAAGUUUGAUCCAUGGAGCAAAACAAGUUGCAAAAUUAUAA